GAGAAUCAUGCCAGGGUGUAGCAGCAGAAAACUGUGCACUCUUUUUUGUUUGGACGUCUUCCCGUGCAGUGAGCAGCAGACAGAAAGUGUGUAUGAAUGAGAAGCAGAGACUGACAACACCGUUACAUCAUGAAGUCUCAGCAGAAAUGCAUCGUGAUCUUUGCUCUCGUGUGCUGCUUCGCCGUCCUGGUGGCGUUGAUAUUUUCAGCCGUGGACGUGCUGGGAGAAGACGAAGACAUCCUCAAAGGCGAUAACUGCAGCGAUAUCUGCCAGGUGGUGCUUGUGGAAAAUAUCCCAGAAGACAUCUCUAUUUCUCACGAGGGUACGACGUCCCUGACUGCGGGACUCCACGGCCUUCUUGACCUGGCUCAGAAAUCAGUGGAGGUCGUGUCACCGUUGUGGGAUCUGAACUCCACAGAGCAGGAUGCUCGAUUUCCUCAAGCCAAGCAGGGCCGACUGUUACUCCACCGCUUGAUGGGUCUGAAAGCUCAGGGUGUUCAGCUGAAGGUAGCCAGCGGGAUGCCGUCGUCCCCGGAGCUCGAGCUGCUCUCUCAUUACGGUGCGGAUGUGCGUUAUCUGAACAUGACGGCCCUCACUAAAGGUGAGCUCCAUUCCUCUUUCUGGGUGGUGGACAGGAAGCACAUGUACAUCGGCAGCGCUGCUAUGGACUGGAGAUCCAUGUCUAUGCUGAAGGAGCUCGGCGUCAUCUUUUACCAGUGCAGAUGUUUGGCUGUGGACCUGCACAGGAUCUUCAACCUCUACUGGCAGCUGGAGUACAAGGAGUUUGUUCCUUCGAUAUGGUCCAAGCGGCUGAGCGCCCUCUACAGCAAGGACGAACAUUUUUCUUUUUAUCUCAACGGCUCCCAGGCCAAAGCCUACGUUUCGAGCUCCCCAAACAUGUUCCGCCCUAAAGACCGUACCACGGACAUCGAGGCGAUUUUCCGCGUCAUUCAGGAGGCCAAGCGUUUCAUCUAUAUAUCCAUGACGGAUUACCUGCCUCUCCUGAGCAGCAGCACACACAGUAAAUACUGGUCACGUAUCGACGGCAUGCUGCGUGAGGCUUUGAUCCUGAAGCACAUCAAAAUGCGUCUGCUUAUCAGCUGCCGAGAGCAAACGCACGCGCUCACCUUCAACUUCCUGUGGUCCUUACAAAGUCUCUGCGUCCAGACAAACAGCUGCUCCAUGGAGGCGAGGUUCUUCAGUCCUCGGGUGCGAGAUGACGGUUCAGCUCAAGGAGUCCAGCAUCACAGAUACGUGGUGACUGAUAACUCAGUGUAUAUAGGGAACCUAGACUGGGUUGGGAAUGAGUUUGUGUUUAACGCUGGAGCAGGACUCGUGGUCAGUGAGCCGGGGAGAAGCUCCACGCUGACGGAGCAUCUGAAGUCUGUGUUCGAUAGAGACUGGCGCUCGGUUUACGCUAAACCUCUUCAGCCCAACAAGAUUCCUACCUGCAGCUCGAACACCGUCACCACCGAUGUGUCUAAAGGUCACACAGGUCACAUGGAGGACACGGGGAGUCCGAACGCCUCUCUGUAAGAGCGAACUGCUGUCAGAAGCACUGACAGACUGAAUCGACUCAUUUCGUACCGAGUCCUUACUCGUGCCAUCUCUGCACUCUGUUCAGUUCUCUCACUCAUUUCUUAUCUAUUCUAAAGAGGGUGAAAAACUACUGUGUUUUUUUGUUGUUUUUGUUUCAUAACAGACCUCAGUGCUUAUAAUCGAACUUGAAACCUGCCUCGUUAUCCUUUAUAUUUACCUUUAAUUUGGCCCCUUAAUGUAAACGACAUGAAAACGCAUUGUUUACUGCCUUUAUAUCUGAGAAUAGACGUCAAGAUGAGAAACACUUUAUACGUCUAAAGCGUUAUACAUCAACUUUAUUAUUUCUGUAGAUAAAAUAACAACAAAAAGAAAAGUCAUUAGAGAUAUGACAAAUAGAGAUAGAUAGAUAGAUAGAUAGAUAGAUAGAUAGAUAGAUAGAUAGAUAGA